AUGAGCCGCUGGCGCCGGUCGGUGGACGAGCUGGCGGCGCGGCGGCGGCAGCAGGCGGAGUGUGAGCGCGCUCAGGACGCCCUCGGCCGGGUCACUUCCUGUUUCCAGCAGCUGGCGGCGUCGCUGGGCAGCUCGGCCGACGGAAGCUUCCUGAGAGACGAGCUGGACGAGACCAGAGCCGUGGCUCACCGGAUCUGCCGGGGUCUGGCUCGCCGACUGUUGCGCCUGUUGUCAGACUGUGACUCCACCCCUUCUGGUGUGGAGGAUAGACGGGUGUCGGAGCGUCUUUGGGUUCUCUUCCUGUCGGCUCUGGAGAACUUCCUGUCUGACCUCCAUAAAGCCAGCGACCUGAUUGGCCAGUUCCCGCUGACUCAGCGCUGCGAUCGGCGCUCAUUGGUCAACACAGGGUGCGUGGACGGCGUGGUGGGCGUGGCUUCCAGGGUGGCGUCGGUCCAGGUGCCGUGGCUCACCUUGGAGGAGGAGUCUCGCCCUGAUCUGACCAAUCACAUGGCGGGCCUGGAGGUCAUGCUGGCGGAGAUGCAGCUGAAGGUUCCUGUUGCAUUCUGGUCCGUGGAAGCGACCCAGCCGGCGUGGGCCGAAGCCGCGGGCGACCCCGACGACCCCGACGACAGCCUGGAGCGCCUGAUGGAGGUGCAGCUCCCCAACCGGCAGCUGGCGGCGUGCUGCUGCUGGCCGGCGUAA